AUGUCUGCUGCCAACUUGAUAAUAUCUCCUCAAGAUAGUAAUACAGAAAUAGAACACUACAACGACAAAAAACCUCUUUCGCCUUCUCCACCUAAACAAUUACCAAAUAACACAAUACCGUCGCGCGCAAAGAAACUAGUAGACAAGUUCACUACAUUUAGUACAAGAAGCAAGGGAUCAGACAGACAGUUAACUGUCGAAACUACAAUAUGUAAUGCUGGGCGAAAAGAGUAUCAGCCCGAAGUGCGCUCUACCAAAUCCACAGACACAUCAAAAGUAAAGAAAAAGAAACGACCACCCAUAAAUAUUACCGAGGGAAUGUCGCGCGCUGACAUAUUCGCUGCAAAAGUUUCCAGUGCGGUCGAUGCUUCUGAAGACACCGACGACGAGGAUUUCAUCUAUCGCGAUCGUGGUCACUCUCGCACAUCUUCGGCAGCAAGUCUCAACGGACCGAACCCACAUUCUCCCUUCACCAGCCCACACAUGCCUCAAGGUUACAACAACUAUUCAGUCUCAUCCCACAAUUCCUUUGGUUACUCUCGUUACGGCAGUUUAAAUCGUCCACAGGAUUAUGGAUAUUUUCAGGGAAAUGCUCCUGACACGGAUGAUUAUAUCCCACGUAACUGCAAGAAUUUUGGGUUACAUAAACCAGGGACAAUUAGGCCAGCAUUGCCAGACAUGUGGGUGCGCGUGAAAGGAGAGUAUCCGAAUUAUGGAGCAACAGAGUAUUUUUAUCCCGAUUCGGUGGAAACACCUUAUUACGGGCAUGAUAGUCGACGCUUGCCGUUAUUUAUCAAACGAAGACCACCAUACAAGGAUCAACGCCGCAUAAUCGACAUAACUAACGUCCUGGCUGCUGACAAGGAACUAAUGUUUGACAUGGAUGUCCAAGCACGGAAUUUCGACCUCUGGGAUAUCGAGAUAGUUGAUGCAGAUCUCGAUAUCUUUGCUAUCCCAACAAAUCCAGCUGAUCUGGAAAGAACAAAAAAUUCGACAGAACUCUCACCAUCUUCAAUAAUACCAAAUGAAUAUUUGGGGAGGGUACUAUAUCUUGAUGAAAAGCUUGUGUUUACCGGUGGCACUCAUCGCAAGGGCAUCGUCAGCACGGCUUCGAGUCAAGUUCGUUUAAAGAAUCCUGGCGGGAGAUCAGAUAAAGACGCACAGAAUCGAUGGUCGCAAAUGUUUCGCCACGACUUUGUUCUAAUAGUUCGCGGAUUUCUCAAAUAUAGUCUUCCCUUUGCAGAAGACAACUCGGUUCGAGUCUGCUAUUUCCGUGAAGUAGACGGUACUGCAGCCCCCAGUGACAAUUCAACAACAAAACAACCUCUCGCAUUAGACGUAAUGACUGUUUGCAAUGAAGAAUGGAACUAG